UAGGAGUAAAUUCCAAGAACGAUCGCAGCACAACAGAAUUCAAGAGCGUAGAGUGCUGUUGCGAUGAACUUCAGCGCAGCGCCGCCGAAAGCCAUUGUCGAAAGUUAGGAGUUGAACCGAAAGGAGGGUAGGUAAGAAAUCAAGUGUAAGGUAAGUUGUUCAAGGCUGACAGAGGUAGGUUGAUAACAGUUGUGUUAUUGGAUGUCGAAAAUCUGCGGUUGCAAGAGCAGCCGCCUUUAUGGGUCUUGCUUCCUAUGACGACAGCCUUGUGUUCCAGUUUCACAAGCCUCCACAUCAUUCGCACGUCCACAGACCCUGUAUACCGUGCCUUGUUGUUCCUUCGAUCUUCGAGGCUGUUUUGUUGUCGAUCAUACCAAGCUUUACACACGGCAGACGUCAUACGUACACAUUCACGGCACUGUCAUUGGUCGAUCGGUGCGACGCCACAAUUUCCCCUGCUUUUUGCCAGGCGACGUCAGCGUGCACCACAAGCCACUUUUCCUUGCCCUUGCAUCGUUCGUCGCGCCAACAUCAGCUGCAGAAGCCACAGGGUCGAGCGUCGAGGACGUGAACCGAACUUUCACGAUGGUGGUCCAGGCCACCAGCGGCUGCCAUCUGAGCAAGUGUUUGGCUGUGCGGAAAUCAAGCUUGCUAUCAUUUGAUUUGUGAAGUUUGGUGCGCGGUAGCCACGGAAUGCACUCCGCACGUGUUCGGUUGAACGCUGCGUUGAGCGCUCAUCAUCUGUUGUUGCGCAGUUGACCGAGGG